ACUUUACCCACCACCCACUCCAUUUGCCUUUCCCCUUGGUCAAUCAGGAGAAGGAUCUCUUUGAUCUCCCCUUAGCUUGUAAGGUUAUGGACCCGAUCGAUCCCUACCGAGUCAUGGAGCCGGGGGCGCUUCAGCUGCCGCUAGAACCAGUGAGAUCCGUCACAGACCUGUCAACACCUUUCAAACCGUCCUCCAACCAGAUUCUGCCCACAGAGAUCCAUGAGACCCCUGUCGAUUCCUUGUUAGUGAACAAGGCUUACUUCUCUGAGAUCAAGUGGCUCAAGCGGAUCAGCAGUGGGGCGACUGGGGUUGUGUACGAGGCGAUCCACCAGCCCUCCGGACGCCGCCACGCCCUGAAAGUGAUCUCCCGCCGUCACCGAGAGGGCUGGGCUCGCUAUCACAUUCUCCCCAAGGCGGAGCCCCUCGGGGAUGGGGACAACAUCCGACACCCAAACGUGGUCAGGUGCCACGGCAUCCAUUACUCUAACAAGCAGAUCCAAGUUCUGUCAGAUUAUGUAGAUGGCGGCACCCUCAAGGGGUUCCACGAACAAGACAACCAAUUCCUCUCAACAUUGACCUUCCAGAUACUCAGGGGCCUUGCCUACCUGCACGAGCGGAAGGUCGUGCACCGUGCUAUAAAGCCCUCAAACUUGUUGGUCGACUUUGAAGGGAACAUCAAGAUUGGUGAUUGGGUCGGGCGGGACCUGGCAAAGACUAUGGAUCCACGGGACGCAUCUGUUGGGACGAUUGCUUACACGAGUCCGGAGAGGAUAGAGACAAGUAUGAAGGGAGGGGAUUGUGACGGAUAUGCAGGGGAUAUAUGGAGUGUUGGUGUUUGUGUAUUGGAAAUUUAUCAGGGGCAGUUUCCAUAUGGUUGCGAGAUGGAACAUGCUCAGUUGAUACUUAAAAUUGCUGAAUCAGAGCCACCACAGGCUCCACCCACUGCCUCCGUGGGGUUUAGGGACUUCAUUGAUUGCUGUUUGCAGAAGGACCCGUCUAAGAGGUGGACUGCUGCUCAGUUGCUGAGGCACCCAUUCAUAUCGCUGCACAACCGUCAGAACCGAGUCAGCACCGAGAUGACUGGACCCUCGAACACAUUAGCUGCCUAUCUGCAGAACCGAGUCAGCACCGAGAUGACUGGACCCCCGAUUGCAUUAGCUGCAGCCGACAUAACUAAGCUUGACCUGAACCCGAGCCCUGGAAGGCUGCAUACCCCCUUAUCUGGAGGCAACAGUCAUGGUGUUCGCCUAGAAGGUCUUCUCCUACAAGCUCGACACCGAUGGCUGAAGCCUGGAGAAAUACUCCAAGUUUUGCAGAAUCAUGAGAAGUACCUCCUCACCCCAGAACCGCCUCACCGUCCUCUAAGUGGAUCUCUGUUUCUCUUUAACAGGAAGAAUCUUCCUUUCUUCCGACGCGAUGGUCAUGAUUGGAGAACAAUGAGUGAUCAAAAGACAGUUAAGGAAGCAUAUCACCCGCAUAAGGUGGGAGAUGGAGAUGUUCUACACAGUUAUUAUGCACAAGGGAAGCAGAACCCAGAUUUUGAGAGGCGCUGCUAUUGGGCUGAUAAUCACAUUGUUCUGGUUCAUUAUGGAUUUGUAAACAAGUGGCGGAGCAAGAAAGAAGAAGAGAAAAAAACACAUCGUGAUCUAAUGCAAACAGAAAGCAGCAAAGGAUUUGGCAAUGGGAUAAAAGAACAUUGUGAACUGGCUACCUUGGAAGUGCCCACAUCCGGCGAUCAGCAAGGUUGGGCCGAGGAAUUUCACAGGGAUGCGGAUUCUAAGAUGAAAUUGAAGUCAGUCAUGAGCGAUCAGGACCAAGGAGAAGACAUCUGCAUGUUAAGUGAAGAUGAGAAUCCCAGGGCAGUGUGGUAUCAAGAAGACAAACUUGAAGUGAUGCAGAUGGAGAGCACUGGAAUAAGUGAGGAUAAACAGAAUCCUGUGGAAAUGAGACCAAAUAGCAGUAUAGGCAUGGAUCAGAUAGAAACCGAUUCAUGUUGCAUAGACUCUGACGCAGAAAAUGCAAUGGAGAUUCAGGCCGGGGGAAAGCACCAAAAGUUCACAGCAUCUGGUAAGUGCCACCAGACUCAAAUCCUGGAGAUCCAAUUGCAGAGCAAUCCAGGUGCUCCCUUAGCGGAGUGGUGCUUGCCAGUCGAGAUGUCAGUUGAUGCUAACAUUGAGGACAUGGUCACAGAACCAUCUAGCCAGAGUGCUCAAAUUGAUGAUGCAUUGUCUUGGGAGUUGUUUUAUCAGAAUGUAGGUGACAUAGUUGAUUCCAUGGAUAUCCAGGCAAUAGCCAAAGAAAUAGUUAGAGCAUGUGGACGUGAUUCUCGCUCACUAACUAUAAUGGCAAGGGCUUUGAGUAAUGUGUCGGACAUUGAAACCUGGGAAUAUGCCGUCGACAGUUUGAGCUUGCAGCAUCCAUCUUGUCUUGAUGAUUCUGAAAAUCUUACAGUGAACGUCUGGAAGUUCAGCAUUGAACUGUUAGAGGAUGAUGUAACAAUAAAUUGCUUGAAGAAUUUUGCUCUGCACAGCAACAGCAAAGAGGUUGCUCGAGCAUCUUUGAUAGACGGUUGGAUCAGGGAAGGUAUGUUGACAACACAUUCUGAGGGUGAAAAAGUCAUCAACAAUCUUCUCGAUGCAAAGCUGCUUGAGUUGUCUGAGAAUGGAGGGCACGUGAAGCUUCUUGAUCUCGGUCAGCGUCUGGUAGAUCCCAUAUUUCAGCCCGGAGAAGGUUGUGAAUUUCUGAUGCAAGGUGGUCUGGGGCUGGUGGAGCCCCCAGAGGUUGGGGAAUGGGAGAGAGCCAAAGAGAUCUGCUUGAUGAAUAAUGAUUUGAAUGAACUGCCGGAGGACCCAAGGUGCCCUUCACUUUCGACUCUGUUCCUGCAAAGAAAUCACAAGCUGAAAAUGAUACCUUCUUCGUUUUUCAGUCACAUGCCUGCUCUAGAAGUUCUGAACCUGUCCAGAACGCGCAUCAAGUCCUUGCCUGACUCACUCUUCCAGCUUGUCAGUCUCAGGAGACUCUUCUUGAAUGAAUGCAUCCUCUUCAGGACGUUAUCUGCGAAAGUCAGUGGGCUCAGGAACCUUGAGGUACUUGACCUCGAAGGGACGAAGCUAAUGGGACUACCAAAGGAAAUCGAGCAACUCAUCAACCUGACUUGCUUGGAAGUCUCAAUUUUGGGAAGCACGAGUCUUAGAUUGUCCAAGGAAGCGUAUCCGUUGAUUCCUUCUGGAGUAGUAUCAUCUCUGUUGCACUUGGAAGAAUUAAAUAUUGACGUGGAUCCUGAUGCUGAAUGGUGGGAUUCUUGUGCAGAAGGUCUGGUUGGUGAAAUCUGCAGCUUGGAAAGGUUGAAUACUCUUAAAUUCUACUUUCCGAAAGUGGAACUGUUGAGGCAGUUCGAUGCAACAACCUUAUCACACUUCAGGCUGAUUGUUGGCAAGCACAUUGGCCGCAUCAUGUCUCGAAUCCCACUUGACAUUGAGUUCGAACUUGAAAGAUGGGACAAGUACUUGAAGUACAUCCUUGGUGAGGGCGUUCCUGAAGAUGUGAAGAAAGUGUUAAGACAAGCAGAUGCAUUUUUCUUGGACCGGCACGCUAAAGUUGAGAAGUUAUCAUACUUCGGGACAGAAAAUAUGGAGCAGCUGAAGUGCUGUGUACUAGGGGAGUGCAAUCAGCUUCAAGUACUAAUGGAUGCAGAUGAUGUCAAUGAAGAAGGCGACAGAACCUGUCUCGGGUCACUUGAAUAUCUGUAUGUGUAUUACAUGAAGAACUUGGUGACCAUAUGGAGGGGUCCAAUGCAGAAGGGGAGUCUAUCUUCUCUGAAGUCUUUGACCUUGAGGACAUGCCCUAAGCUGACCAGCAUUUUUACACUAGAACUGCUCGAUAAUCUCGUCAGCUUGGUGGAGCUCUCAGUUGAGGACUGCCCUGCCAUGGUAAGCUUAGUUAGCUGCACACAUUCAGCUCACAGCGAAACAUCAACCUACUUACCCAUGCUGAAGAAGCUGUCCCUUCAUUACCUGCCCGAACUGAGCUGCAUCUAUAGCGGCCUGCAAGUUGCACCGAGGAUCGAAUGGCUGAGCUUCUUUGACUGCCCGAACCUCAGGUGUCUUGAACUGUCCAUCAAAGAGGUGAAGAGAAUAAGGGGCCAGAGGAACUGGUGGGAAGCCUUGGAGUGGAGCAGAGGUCGACCAGAGAACUUGGACGAUAUUUUUGUCCCUAUUGAUGCAUCUGCAGUUCCCUAGAGGAGCUCUAUCUAUAUGUGUCUGUAUGUCCGUCUGCUGUUAUAAUCUGCUUCAUUAUUGAUGAAACUUGAACGCUGUUGCUUCGGAGAAAACUUCCGUAUCUCUCCUAGUACGCGUCGAGUCCAAUAAAUCAGCUAAAGAAUUGGUUCCUGUACUAUCGAAAGAACGCCUACUUAUUGAGCUGGUAAAUGUUACCACUAGUUAUAGGCUUCAACAAUGUGCGGCCGUACAAUUACAUUGUUCUGUUUUACGGAA